GGGGGGAGGAGGAGGCGGCGGCGGCGGGGGAGAGAAGAAGAGAGCACAAAUCCCGUCGCAGCCAAUGAACGCCAAGUCUCCGGCUGUGACAUAUGCAGCAGGCAGAGUUGCUGGAGAGACACGGCUAGGAAAAUAAAGAUGGCAAUGUCUCUCAUUCAAGCGUGCCGCAGCCUGGCUCUGUCCACCUGGCUGCUCUCCUACUGCUUCGUGCAUCUGCUGUGCAUGGACUUCACCGUAGCCGAGAAGGAGGAGUGGUACACGGCCUUCGUCAACAUCACCCACCACGACCCGGCCAGCGGCACCAACAGGACGGAGAAGAGCGAGUGCGGGAGGUACGGCGAGCACUCCCUCAAGCAGGAUGCCUGGGGCUUGGCAGUCAUGCCCUCCCCGCACGACAGGCUGGCCUGCGACCCGGCCACCAGGUUCCCGGUGCCAGCCUAUGCCAGCCGUUGGGUGGCCCUCAUCCCCAUAGGGAACUGCACGUGUAGGGAUAAGAUCCGGCACGCCGCUCUGCACAACGCCUCGGCGGUGCUCAUCUACAAUGUGGGCUUCGGCAAUGACACCAGCACCAUGUCUCACCCAGGUAUUGAAGAUAUUGUAGCAAUAAUGAUCCCAGAGCCGAAAGGAAAAGAAAUCGCAAGCUUAAUUGAAAGGAACCUUAAUGUGACUAUUUACAUUACUAUCGGAACACGGAAUUUACAAAAGUUUGUCAGCCGUACAUCAGUGGUGUUUGUUUCCAUAUCCUUCAUUGUCCUAAUGAUUAUUUCACUGGCCUGGCUUGUCUUCUACUACAUCCAGAGGUUCAGAUACGCAAAUGCUCGAGACAGAAAUCAGAGGCGGCUUGGGGAUGCUGCAAAAAAAGCCAUCAGCAAAUUGCAAGUCCGAACUAUUAAAAAGGGAGAUAAGGAAACAGAGCCAGAUUUUGACAACUGCGCUGUAUGCAUUGAAGGAUAUAAACCCAAUGAUGUUGUCCGAGUCUUGCCGUGCCGGCAUCUUUUCCACAAAUCCUGUGUAGAUCCUUGGUUAUUAGAUCACCGCACCUGUCCAAUGUGUAAAAUGAACAUUCUCAAAGCACUGGGUAUACCGCCUAAUGCAGAUUGCUUAGAUGAUAUUACGCCAGACUUUGAAGGUUCGGUAGGACCACCAACCAAUCAAAUUACAGGAGCCAGUGAUGUAACUGUGAAUGAGAGCUCUGUAGGUGUCGAUCCCAUUGUGCGCCCAGUGGGGCUGUUGCAAGUUAUCCAAAAUGCAGAUGUCCUACCACAGGUCGGCGAGGUCAGCUAUACAGCAAGCAGUGAACAGGAGCCAGUUAUCAGCAGUGACUCGGACAUCUCUCUGAUUAUGGCAGUGGAAGUGGGACUUUCAGAUGUGGAUCUUUCCACUGACCAAGACUGUGAGGAGGCAAAAUCAUGAGCAGGUCUGUUGCUGCAGUCCAAAGGAAAGACUAAGGUGAUGAAAAGAGUUCCGACUCUGGAGGUUGGACUAGUC